AUGGAAAAAUCUUUUGCACAACAAAUGUUAGAACAACUUUCAGAGAAUGUUAGUCAACUUAUUUUAACAGUUUUAGAAUUAAAAGAUAAAAAUGCAAAUUUACCAGUUGUAGAAGUUACAGCAAUUGCAAAUGCAGCAUCAUCAAUAUCAGAUAUUGCAAUUAAAUUAGCAGAUGCAGAAUAUUCAAAUUAUCCAAGUAUCUAUAAUGAAAUUAUUAAUACAACAACAAAUAUGUCAACAAUUAAAAAAACCACAAUUGAUUGUAUUGCAAACUUUCAAACAACAACUAAUAAACAAUUAUCUUGGUCAAACUUAAUUCAAUCUUGUAAAAAUAUUGCAAAUGAAACUUAUAAAAUUUUAAAAGUAAUUUAUGAUGCAGAUAUUAAAAGAUUAAAACAUUUAAUUGAAACUUGUAAAAAUCAAUUUAAAAAUAAUGAAAAUUCAUUUGGUAUGAUUGAUAGAGAAGAGUUUAAUGGAUUUGGAGAAUUAGUAAAUCAAACUAUUUCAAAUUUAAUUGAAUAUUCAUCAUGUUUAGAAGUUAAAGCAAAGGAGAAUCAAUUAUCAUCUCCAUUACAAAAUCAAUUUAUAGAUGACGAUGACGAUGAUAUUAUUAAAUUAUCACAACAAUUGGUAGAGGAUGCCAAUCGUUUAAUUGAUAUUGUUAAUGAUAUCUUUUCAGAUUUAGACGAUCCAUCACAAAAACAAAAAUUUAUAAAUCAUCAAAAUUCAUUAUUAAAUCAAUUAAAUCAUACUUUUAAUUUAAUCCAAACAAAUUCACCAACUUUAUCAUUACCAGAAUUUACAAAUGUAAAUAAUUAUAUUCAAUCACCAAUUCCAUCACAAUAUUCAACUUCAAAUAUUAAAACAAUUUAUAAUGAUAAUAAUAAUAGUAAUAAUAAUAAUAAUAAUAAUAGUAUUGAAAUUAAUAAUGAAAUUAAUAAUAAUAAUAAUAUUGAUAAGAAUGAAAAUAAUAAUUUACUAAAUGAUUUAAUAAGAGGUAUUUCUAAAAGUUGUAUUGAAGAAUUAAGAGCAGCAUGUAGAGGUGAUCCAAUGGCAACUGAAACAAUUUCAAAUUCAAUUCAACAAUUAAUACCAAUUUUAAAUGAUACUUUAAAUCAACAUAUAAAGAAUAAUAAUAAUAUUAAUAAAAAUGAAAAAGAGAUUUUAGAAAAAUCAAUAAAUAAAUUAAAGAAUGAUUUAAUUCAAAAAUAUAUUCAAUCAGCAACAUUAGUAACAAGAUCAUCAGGUAAUCAAAAUGUAAAGAAUGAUGAAAUUAAUAAAAUGAUUGAAGGUUUAGAAUCAAUUCAAGAUUGUUUAAAUUCAAUCGAUGGUAUAGUUUCAACAAAAGAAGAUCAAUUUUUAAAUGCAAUUAAAGCAAAAGAAGAUGUUUUAACCAUUUUAUCAGAUCAUUCAAUUGCAAAUAAUACUCAAGCAAUAGUUGGUACAUUAAAACACUUAGCAAAGAAUCAACAUCAAAUUGAAGCAUUAAUAACAAGUACAUCAACAACACCAGAUGAUGAUAAUAAUAAUAAUAAUAAUAGUUCAAUUAAUCCAGAAAUUAAUGAAGCAGUUUCAAAAUUAUCAGAAUUAUUACCAUUACAAAUUCAAGCUGCAAAACUUUACUUAAAAGAUUCAACAAAUCUUGAAAAUAGAAAACAAUUUACUGAUAUUUCAAAUUCAAUGAAAUUACCAUUAUCAAAGAUUCAAUCAUUAAUGGAACCAUCAACAAUUUCAGAUUCAAAUGAAUUAUUAUCAAAACAAGAAAAUUCUUCAAAUCAAGUUUUAUUAAAUAAUAUCAACAACAAUAGUAACAAUAAUAAUAAUAAUAAUAUUGAAGAAAAUUCAAAACUAAUUGAUAAAUUAUUAAAAGAUUUAGAAAAUGAUAAUGCAAAUUUAGUUGGAUUAAUUGAAUCUGAAUUAGUAUUAUCAAAUGAUACAUUAUUAAAAGAAUUUGUAAAGAAAACAAUUGAUCAACUUUUAAAAGAAGUUCAAAAUAGAAGAGAUAUUGGUAUGAAUAAAUUUUCAAAAUCACCAUUUGAUAAGGAUGUAAAACAAGAGUUUUUAAAAUCAAAUCAAUUGAUAUCAGAUUUAUCAAAAUCAUUAAUUGAUUGUUUGAAAUCAUUUGAAGUUGUACCAUUAUUAAAAUUACAAUUAUUAAAUUGCCAUCCACAAUCGGUUACACCAAAUUCACCAAAAUUACAAUCAACUCAAAAAGAUAUAAAUAAUAGAAUUAAUUCUAUAAUUUAUAAUUACAAAGAUCAAAUGCUUGAUCAACCAUUAAUUGAAAAUCAAAUUAAACAAUUAGAAUCUUAUCAAAAUCAAUUAAAUCAAGAAUUAUCAAAAGAUUUAAAUGGUUCAAAAGAUAAUUUAUCAUAUAUUUUAGAUAAUAUAAUUAAUAAUAUAUCAAAUUUAUCAAAUUUACCAUCUUCCUCCACUAAUGAUGGUGAUGGUGGUGGUCGUCAAGUAAUUAUACCAAUUGAAAAUUUAAAUGAUGAAAUUAUUGAUGGAAUUAAUGAAGAGAUUAAUAAAGAGAUUAUUAAAGAAAAUAAAGAAAAUGAAAUUAAAAGAGAUAAUGAAAGAUUAGAAGAAUUGAAACAAUUGGAAAAUCUAUCAAAUGACCAAAAACUUUUAAAAUUAUUUAAUGAUUUAAUUCAAUAUUUAAAGAAUAAUGAAGCAAAUAAAUCAGUUGUUACAUUGAAACAAUUAAUUGGUGAGCAAGAUAAACUAAUUCAAUUGGGUAAUGAAAUUAAACAAAAUUCAAAUAGUCAAGAUUUUAAAGAUCAAAUUGAUUCUUCAAUAAAUCUAUUUAAAAAUUCAAUAUCCUCUUCAAUCGCAUUGGCUGGUAAAACUGCAAAAAUUAAUGAUGAUCCACAAUUAACAAAAGCUUGUAAAACUGUUAAAAAAUCAAUAAUUGAAUUAACAAGAUUAUUAAAAUUAAAUCCAUUAAUUGAAGAAUUAUCAUCAUAUCAACAAGCUUUAUUAUUAAAACCACACCCAAUUAAUGAGAAUAUAAUUAAAGGUUUUAAAGAACAUCAAAUUAAUUCAAGAUAUUAUAUUGAAACUGCUUAUCAAGUUGGUAAAGAUGAUUUAAUAUCUCAAUCAAUUGAAAAAAUAGUUUAUCAACAAAGUGAACUAUUGAAAUUGGCUUCAAAUCAUUUGACUUCAAAAGAAGUUUCUGAAACCUUGGAUCCAAAUAUUCAAUUACUUUUAGCAAAUUCCUUGGAAACUGUAAAGAAAUCUAUCGUUGAUCAAGUUGAAGCUGCUUUAUCAUUCUUGGAGAGUGAAAAAAGUGAUGAUCAAAUUGAAAAACUUUUAACAAUCCUAGAUACAGUUUCAGAGAGUGUUGAUAAUUGUUCAAAAUCAAUUUUCUUUGCAACUGGUAAAGGUAAACAACAACAAGAUUUAUCACCAACUACAAUCUCUCAAAAUACAAUUAAACAAUCAAUAAAUUCAAUUAUACCAACAUUAACAUUACAAGCAACACAAUUACAAUCAAAUCCAAAUGAUAAAGAAUUAGAGAAAAAACAUCAACAAUUAUUAGAUCAAAUUAUUCAACCAUUAGAACAAUUAAUUUUAAAUCCAAAUAUUAAUCAAAUAAUUGAUAAAGAAAAUAUUGAAAAUAAUAAUAAUAAUAAUAACAAUGAUAAUAAUAAUAAUAAUGAUGAUGAUGAUGAUGAAGAAGAAGAUAAAAAGAUUAAAAAAUUAAUUAAUGAUGAAAAGAAAGAAUUAGAUAAAUUAGAAUCAAAUGCAUUAGAUUCAGAUUCAAAAGGUGUUGUUGAAUCAUCAAGAUCAUUAGUUAAAUUACAUCAAGAAAUAUUAUCAUUAGCAGAUUCAUUAACAAGUUCAACGGCAGUAUUAAUUGAUGCUAAUCAAAAUAAUGCAGAUUUUGAAAGAAAUUUAAUAAUUAAAGAAUGUUCAAAAGAAUUAUCAACAUUAAUACCAUUACAAUUACAAACUAUUAAAUCAAUGUUACAAUCAAAAGAUAUACCAACCGAAGCAUCCUAUCAAAAGAAAGUUGGUUUCAUUAAUAAUCAAAUUAAAAGAAACUUAAAUGAAAUUGAAAAACAAUCUUCAAAUAAUAAUUCAAAUUAUAAAUUAAUUUCUAAAACACCUUAUUACUCUGACCAAUUUAAAAAACUUUCAAAUAAAAUCGAUAAUAAUGGUAUGUUAAUUAAAGAUGAAAAUCAAUUUAAAGUAAAUUUAAAACGUUUAGAGAAAUUGGCUGGAAAAUGUAUAGAUUCUUCAAAUUUCGAUUUAUCAAGACAACAAUCUUAUUUAGAUAAAGAAAGACAACAAAGAAUUAGAGAUGCAAUUAAUAAAUUAGAAAAUAAAUUAAAUGGUAAAAAUAAUGAUUCCACCGAUGAUUUAUCAAAUAAAAUUAAUCAAUAUUUAAAACAACCCCUAAAUCCAAUUUCAAGAGAACAAUUUGAAAAAGUUAGAUCACAAUUCCAACAAACUUUAGAUAAUUUAAUUAAUGAACAAUUAUCAACACCAUUACAAUUAUUAUUAAAUCAUUCAAAUUUAAUUCAAAAAUUAUCAAGACAAUCAACUCAACAACCAAUUAAUAAUAAUAAUAAUGCUAAUAAUAAUGUAAAAAUUCAAGAAACUACAAAAAAAAUUUUAGAAAAUUAUUCAAAAUUAAAACAACAAUUAAUUAAUAAUGAUAUAAAAUUAAAUGAAAGUAAAAAAUUAAUAAUUGGUAAAUCAUUAAAAGAAAUUGAAACUUUAACACCUCAAUUAAUUGUUGCAUCAAAUAAUUGUUUAAAUGAUAAUAAUAAUGAUCAAAAGAAGAGAGAAUUAUUAGAGAAUUUACAAACUAAAAUUGAAUCACCAAUUUAUGAAAUUUUAAAUCAAUUAGAUUCAAUUGAUCCUAUAUUCCAAUUUAAAAAUGCAAUUAAACAAUAUCAAGCAACUUUAAUUAAAUUAAAUGAUUCAAUUGAUGUUUCAACAGUGACCAAUGAUAAUUCAAAACAAAUUGAUGAAUAUAUUUCAAAACUAUCAAAUUUACAAUCAAAUCAUUUAAUACCAUUAUUGAAACAACAAGGUUUAAAUGAAAAAGAAUUAAAAGAAUUUGAAUCACAAUUGAAAUCUAAAUUAUCUGAUGUUAACUCAAUUUCAAAAGAUUAUUUAAAGAAUUUGAAACAGUCUAAAUUGACAGACACAAUUAAAGCUGAGAAGGAUAUGUCAAUCUCUUCACUUUGUAAUUUAAUAAAUUCAAUUCAAAGUAUUAAUCAACCAAAGAUUGAAGAUAAUCGUAUCAAACUAUCACAAUCCUCUCAAUCAAAAUCAAAAGAUAUUAAACAAUUGGUUGAUUCAAUUAAGUCAAAUAAUCUAUUGCCAAUUGUUGAAUCACCAAAUAAAAUUGAACGUUAUGUUUCAAUUCAAACAAAUUCAACUAAACCAAUAUUUUCAUCAUCAUCAUCAAAUAAUGGUAAAAUCAUUUCAACAGCUCAAGUAAAUUAUAAACCAAGAUCAUCUUCACAACCUCAAAAACCAAUUUUAACAAAUACAAAUAAUAUUACAAUUACAAAACCAAUUAGACCAAUUGAAACUAGAGUACCAAUUAAAUUAACAACUCAACCUCAAUCUACAAAUCCUAAAACUGUACCACCAACAACAACUACUACUACAGAAGCAACUACAACAGCAACAAAACCAAUACCAAAUAAAACACCACAACCAAUUAAUACUUUUAAACCAAGUGAUAAAGGUGCAUCAUUAGAAGAUUCAUGUAUUAAUGCAGCAAAUCAAAUGUCAAAUAUAUCAGGUAAUGAACAACUUGGUACAAUUGGUAAAGAAUUGGAAGCUUAUGCAAAUGCAAUUAAAAUUGGUGAUAAAAAACAAAUUUUAUUAUGUGGUAGAAAUAUAUCUAUACUUUUAAAUAAAUAUUCAACAGAGGUUUCAAAUAAUAUUAAAUCAACUCCAACUUCAAAUAAAAUGUUACAAACAAGAUGUAGUCAUGGUAUUGGUGUUUUACAAACACUAAGUUGUCAAUUUAAAAUUUUAUCAAGUGUUAAAGCUGCUUCUGAUGAAAAAGAUUCUGACUCUGAUUCACAAUUAACUUCAAUGGUUAAUCAAUUAACUUCAACUUUAUUAGAUUUAAAUACAAGUACAAGUACUUUAAACAAAUUUAAAAAGUAA